UUUAAUGACUCUGGAUUGUCACAAUAUAAAAACAGGAAACGUACUUCCUACAAACUGAAAAAGGUUUCCUCCUGAAAUACAUAUUCGCAUGAAGCACGCAUCAUUCAGAUACAGUAGUGCAUUGUAUUCUUCAUUUAUGUGCAUCUAUGUAACACGCCUGUAGCGCUGCUGCUGAUCUGUCAAUCAUCGGUCGCUCAGCGGCGCGCGGACACACACAGCCGCUGGAGCACGGAGAAUAUCCCGGAAAUAUUAUAUUUCGCAGAUCAUUAUCAUUUUUCUCGGCUUGGCAUGUUCCAGUCGAUGUCGUAUUUACUGUCGUGCGCGCUGAGGUGACUGACGCACCCCUCCUGUGAGAGAUGGUUCAGCCUCCUUUGAUCACGCGACAGCACCGGAGAAUCUGAGGUGUUUUCACCGGAUCGCGCUGAGAGCAGGCUGCAGCGGCGGCUCCGGGGGUCUGACGUCACUCGCUCUCCGCCGCUGAAGGCUGACAGAGGACGCGUGUUCCGCGGUGAAACAUGACACAGACCGAGAGCGAGAGGCGGCGGCGCUUGUGUUUCUGACACGGUUUCAGCGGAAUCACAAUUCACCGGUCCUCAGCGAUCCUCGAUGCGUCUCUGCGCCAGCGGAUUAUCAUUCAUUUGUCUGAUGCUUUCAUGAACUGUCAUCUGAGAAACAGCCGCAGGACUUGAUUCUGAGCCGCAGCGUCUGAUGGUGAGCUGCGAGUGUCCAGAGCUGUCAGGAUCCGGAGAGUAACGUUAAACCGGCCGCAGAUGAAGGAGGCGUGUCGCAUCUGCGCACGCGAGCUGCGCGGAAACCAGCGGCGAUGGAUCUUUCAUCCGGCCGCCAAACUCAACCUGCAGGUGCUGCUGUCUCACGCGCUGCGCCGCAGUCUGCAGCGGGACGGACGCCGCGAGUUCAUCUGCAGCAAGUGCUGCUUCAUGCUGGACCGCAUGUUCCGCUUCGACACGGUGAUCGCGCGCGUGCAGGCGCUGUCCCUCGAGCGGCUGCGCAGACUCCUGCAGGAGAGAGAGCAGCUGCGCCAGUGCAUCACUGCGCUUUAUAACAAAAACAACGGGCUGGAGUCAUCGGGGGCGACGGAGGCGGUGCACGGCGAGUACUGUGCGCUGCUGCAGGAGGACCUGAUGUACUGCAUGCAGGAGUCCUGGGCAGGAGACGAGGAGGAGGCGCUGGAGUGCUCCCACAAUCCUCGGUGCAGCCGGCGCAGGUGCAGGGACUGCAGGGCGCUGCGUGUGCCCGACUCGCACUACGAGGCCGUGUGUAAGGUGCCCAGGAAGGUGGCAAGGAGCAUCUCCUGUGGCCUGUCGUCGCGUUACCCGGCCAGCGGCGCUGACGAGCAGACCACGACCUCAAACACACUCCUGCCCGAGACGAGUCUGUCAGACAGUCAGCGCACACUCCGAGACUGCGAGAGCUGCGCCGUCUCGCUGCAAUCGCUGGACAAGAGUCACAGAGCGCCUGAGGAGCGUCUCGCUGCAUCUGAGGAGCGUCUCGGAGCGUCUGAGGAGCAUCUCGCUGCAUCUGAGGAGCGUCUCGCUGCAUCUGAGGAGCGUCUCGCUGCAUCUGAGGAGCGUCUCGCUGCAUCUGAGGAGCGUCUCGCUGCAUCUGAGGAGCGUCUCGCUGCAUCUGAGGAGCAUCUCGCUGCAUCUGAGGAGCGUCUCGCUGCAUCUGAGGAGCGUCUCGCUGCAUCUGAGGAGCGUCUCGGUGUGUCUGAGGAGCGUCUCGGAGCGUCUGAGGAGCGUCUCGGAGCGUCUGAGGAGCGUCUCGCGUUCGCUCUGUCGCUGCUGCAGGACUGUGUGUACAGGCCCAUCCGGACUCAAAGGGGCAGCAAGCUUCCUGUUUUGAUGAAUCCUGCUUUUUUUAAUGAAAGAGAUACAUUGGACAGUCCAGACCAGGAGAACCUGUUUGACGGAGUGAACCACAUGCUGGAGGAGCCAGAGCUGGAUCUGGUGCUGGAGGAGCUGUGGGAGCAGGAGGAGUACCUGCCCUUCUGUCUCAGGAGCCACCCGAAGAGUCUGAUAGAAGAGCAGCAGCUGCAUCAGUACGAGCACGCCGCUGGACAGUGUGUGAAUGAACUGCAGCAAGCGCAGCUACAGCUCGAGUCUCUGCAGAACCAGAUCCACCAGAGCGAGACCAGCAACAAGGAGAAACGGUGUGAGAUUGAGUCAGAGCUCCGGUCCAUCAGACAAGCUGCUCAGAACCAAGAGAGAACCAUCCAGAACCUCACAGACAACCUGAGAACUAAAGACACAGAGACUCAGGAGCUGUACCGCGUGAUUAAGGGCCAGAACAACACACUGCGUAAAAUCACAGAGACCCACCAGCAGCAGCUGCAACACACACAGACUCCAGAGGGCGGCGUGGACUCGGGUUUGGUUCUGGGCUCCCAGAGUUCUCUGUUCUCGUGUCAGCUAGAGUUGGAGGCGAGUCAGCGCGCUCACAGACUGACUCAGAGACGUCUGGAGGAUCUGACGCGAGAGCGAGAGCGACUGCAGAACGACUUCCAGGAGGCGCUGCAGCACAGAGACGUCAGCCACAAACACAACCAGGAGCUGCGUGAGAUGGUUGAGCAGCUGCGGUCUGAGCUGCAGGUCAAAGUGUGUGAGCUGAGAGAUUGUGAAGCCUCGACUCGCUCAGAAAUCACUGACCGGGACAAAAGCAUGGCACAGCUCCAGCAGAGCUUAUGCCGCAAAGACGUGCUGCUGCAGGAGUAUGCAGAGCUGCAGAAUGACUCGUGUGACUCCAGCGGCCGUGAGGACAGAGACGCACUGCUGCAGACGCUGAGGAGCCGCAUCCGAGACAGAGACGCCGCGCUGGAGCGCUCAAUCGAUGAGAAGUUCCGCUGUCUGGAGGAGAAGGACGGUGAGGUGCGUCGACUGCAGCUGGUGCUCCGCGAGAAAGACCGAGACCUGGAGAGACUGCGCUGCGUCCUCGACAACAACAACGACACCAUCACGGGUUUGGAUGCUCUGGUGCGCAGUAAGGAUCUGGAUCUGGAGAGAACACAGGAAAGCUGCCGGAAACUGGAGUGGAUGAAUCAGCAGAGCGAUGAGAAACACACACUCGCUGUACGGGAGAGAGACGGCAUCAUUCAUCAGCUGCAGACGGCGCUGCGCUCACACAGCAGAGAGAGCGAGGAGCUCAGGUCAGUGCUGCUGGGAGAAGUGUCCGCCACUGACGUGCUCCAGGAGCUCCAGUCCCAUCUGUCCGUGAAGGAGCAUCUGUUUCAGGAAGUGAUGUCAGACCGCAGCCGGCAGGCGCAGGAACACCACAGACAGCUGACGGAGCUGCUCCACACCAUCAGCUCCAGAGAUCAGGACAUGAAGGAUUACGGCCAAUGGUUGGGCCGGGUGAUUUCCGAGCGAUCGGGUCAGUUGCAGGAGUUGCGCCGACAGCUAGCGUCACGAGAACAGGAGCUGAAUGACGUGAACAGGCAGCGAGAGAAAGAUGUUUCUGCGUCCAGAGAGCUGCAGAGACUUCAGGAUGUUCUCAAGGAGAAAGACACCUUUAUACAGGAGUUACUGCGGGGUCCGAGUGAGAUGUUGAACUCCACACCAGCACCAGCUCAGGCCGUGUGUACGAGCAGCUCAGGUGAUCUGGAUGUACAAGCCAUCAGAGAUGAACUACAGCUGACCCUAAAGAAAGACAGAGAGACUGAGCGGGAGCUCUCAGAGAUGCGCUCGGUUCUGGCUGCAGGGCGUUACGACACAUCAAGCUCUGAUCAGCAGUGUGUCCUGCAGCAGCUCGUGUCGGAGCAGCAGGCGCUGAAUGAAGCUCUGAGAGCAGAGAAGAGUGUUUAUGAGAAGCUCAGACGUGUCCAGAGUCAGGACGACAGCAGCGCUGAGAAGCCUGGAGCGCUGCACGCCGAACUGGACUCGCUUCAGGCGCUGCGCCAACAGCUGGUAGAAACCCUGACGAGGGCCCGCGAGACGGCGCUGGUGCUGGAUCGGGCCGCGCUGAUCCAGACCGACUAUGGAGAAUCCAGCAGUGAUGAAGAUGAAGAUGAUUGUGACAGCAGCAGCAGUGAGGAGUUCCCAGACAGCAUAGAGGACGAUGAGAUCAAACUGACGGCUCAGAGUCUGACGAGCGCGCAGAGAGCUGAGGAGUUCGGCAGGGAGCUGAUGUCUCACAAUGCAUCAGAGCAGAGAAACCAAGAUGAAAGUGAGACGGGCUGCUCCUCACUCGCUCGCUCCAGGAACGCUCUGAAUGAAGAUGAGUCUGGAUUAGCAGCGGAUGAGGAGGAAUCUGUCAGGUGUCGAGGGUCGGAGAAGCAUGAAACAGAACGGCCAAACUCCCGUGAGCCUCAGAGAGUUUACCGUACGUUCCGAGAGGAGGAGGAGGAAGAAUAUGAUGAUGAAGAUAGAGAGGAAGGGGAAGAUGUAAGGGGCCCUCAGGGCAAGCGUGGGCCCCCGAGUGUGAAGCUGCGGGAGGGGAGGUGGAAGAGGAGGUGCACCAGACCUCAUUCUCUGGACCUCGGAGCUCUGCUGUCUCACAAACCUGCAGCCCAGCACACAGUUCAGGAUGUAGGAAUGAAACGGGAGGUCGUGGGUGACAGCAGUGGUUUGAGCACAGGAGGGGGUGGAGCCAUCGGCUUCUGGCAGCACGUGGAGGUGGGGCUUCGGGAGCAGGCGGAGCAUCUCCGUAGCGACCUCGCCGUGAGUCGUCAGGAGAGCCGCGAGCUGCAGGAGAGACUGAUGGUGUCAGAGGCAACGGUGCAAGCGCAGGCAGAACAACUGAAAGACUACAGAGAGCUGCUGACUGAGAGUGCUGUGCAGCAGGACAGUAAACAGGUGCAGGUGGAUCUUCAGGAUCUGGGAUACGAGACGAGCGGCCGCAGCGAGAAUGAAGCUGAGAGAGACGACACCAGCAGCCCCGAGUUUGAUGAGCUGGAGAUGGGCGUCUCUCUCUCGGUUUCGGUGAGCAGACGCAGCGGCUGGAACGCAGACAGCGAUGGUACGCAGACAGACGACCCGUCCUCGCUGAAGCGUCUGGUGCAGGAUCUGCGUUCACAGCUCUCUCGCUGCCACAAAGUGAUCCGCGGCCUGCAGCUGCGCAUCCGCUCGCUCUCAAACACCUCCGACUACGCCUCCAGCCUGGAGCGCACGCCGCGCAAGGUGAACUGGGCGUUUCAGGUGAGCUCGGCUCACAGCGGUGCGGACGAGGACGAGGGCUGGCAGUCAGACGGGCCGCUGAGACCCAGCCGCGAGCUGCAGGAGCUGGUGAGCCGUGUGACGCUGCUGGAGACGCAGAUCAGGAGCUCUGCACGUGAGGGAAAGAGCGGCCCGGAGGACGGGAAAUGUGCCACCUGGCCUGGGAAGUACAACACACUGAUCCAGGCACAGGCACGAGAGCUGUCACACCUGCGUCAGAAGAUGCGAGAGGGCCAGGGCAUCUGCCACAUCCUCACACAGCACUUGAGUGACACGACCAAAGCCUUCGAGGAGCUGCUGCGUGCCAAUGACAUUGAUUACUACAUGGGCCAAAGCUUCCGAGAGCAGCUUUCCCAGAGUUCCUCACUCGCUCACAGAGUCAGCACCAAGAUCAGUGGACGUGAUCGUUCAGAGCAGCAAGAUGAUAAAACGGGUCACGAGCUGCUAGCGCUGAGGUUGAGUAAGGAGCUCCAACACAAAGAUCAAAUCAUCGAGUCUCUCCACACCCAGUUACAGCAGCGUUCGGACACGCCCUGCAGCAUCCACGCCCCCUCCGAGACAACAGACCAAUCAGACUGCACCUCGUUUGUGUCCAACGAGAGAGGAUCUACCAAUGAGGACGUGGACCUGUGCUCAGAUAUGGAUGCCGCCAGUGAGUUUCCACAGGAGGAGCCCCAACCCAAAGACAGAGGUGUGUUCACAGGACUCUUGCCCAGCUCACAGCCUCUGAUCCAAACCCAGAGCUGGCCAGCUCACUCUAACCCCAUGACCUUUACCCCCCUGACCUGCCCUGACCCCGAGCGCAGGAUCCUGACUGUCCCAGCACAGCGGAGGCCGCCCAUGAGAACUUUCAGCGCUCCUCACUCGCUCUCCAGCUAUCAGCUGACCGUGCAUUCCAUCGAUUACACGCCUGUAUCCCAUCAUGCACUGGGAAACAGUGGAGGCCCAUCUCUGCAAACAGAUGCAUUGUGGGACAUGGAGAAUAUGAUUCAACCAAUUAGAGGUUUUGAUGGAUCAUCUUAUUAUCAAUCUGGCAACAGCCAAUCAGUGCCUCCAACCAACAUCUUUAUCCAGAGUCAUGAUGCAGUCAGUCAACUGACCAAUGAAGUCAGAGCGUUAAAGGAGGAAAAUAUGGCACUACAGUCAAGGUUACAAGCCAGCAGAGACAGCAGUGAAGAGAAGGAGCAGCUCCGGGAGGCGUUGCUUUCUGGGCGUGUCCGUCUGCAGCAGGCGGAGUUAGUGGCGGAACAAUGGAAGGAGGAGUUGAGGAGGCGGCAGACACACAACUGUGAACAAAGCCAACAAAUCCAGCAGCUGCGACAGGACAGACAAAACAGUCAGGAGCACAACAACAGACUGCAGCACGAGGUGACUUUACUCCAGCAGCAGUUAGCAGAGAGCAGACAGCUGCUACACUCCCUACAGAGUGAACUACAGCUGUACGACCGCGUGUGUGGCGUGAGAAAGAGCGCCGCUGCAGGGUUGGUGUGUGAGGUGCGCUGCCCGGCGGUGGAGCUGCGGGAGCUGCUGGUGGAGGUCCGGGCUCUAAGGGCCCAGCUGGAGUGCAGUGUUCAGGAGAACAGUGAUCUACGAGCUCAGCUGCAGAAACACCUGGAUCAGUCCAUCGAUCAGCGCCCGUCGCCCAUCAUUCCGGCCAGUCCGCUGCGGGACGCGCUUUACCGCCGACAGCUUCUGCACGACCCGUCUCCUUCUCCUCCUGUCAGAGACGUGGGGCCCCUGUACUCGCCGUACUCAGAGAUGGAGGAGAGCGCUGUGAACACUAACGACUCACUGGAGCCUCAUGCGGAUCUGGAAGGAGAAGCUCCGGACGGCUCGUUCGCGAAUCGUAACGGGCGGCACGCCAUCGGUCACGUGGACGACUACAGCGCCCUGCAGCAGCAGGUGAUGGAGGGCCGGGCGCUGGUGCAGCGGAUGGAGGCGGCGCUGCAGUCGAGUCUCAGCUCUGCCCUGCUGGAGAUCAGCGGAGGGAAGGCUCUGGACUACAGCACAGUGAAGACGCUGCUCUCCGACACCAAGACCUUGUGUCAGAUUCUGGACGAAGCCGUGUCUCUGCUGAAGAUGUUCUGGCGGGCGGCGCUUCCGAGCAGCGACGGUCCCGCUCAUCUCAUUCAGAGGGAGCAGUCGAUGCGUGAGGAGAUCCAGUUGCUGCGUUUGAGGAUCGCUGAACAGGAGGAGGUUCUUCAGGGAACCAUCCAGAGUCUGCGCUGCUCCAACCGAACCAAAGAAAGCAUGGAGACCUUCAUCGUCAACCAGCUUUCCCGGACGCGAGAUGUGCUGAAGAAAGCACGAGUGAAUCUAGAGAAGAAUGAGCUCAGGAUUUCCUCUAUAAGCUCCUCCUCUUCCUCUCUUUGCCAUGGUAAAGUCUUCACAGGUGCGUCUGCAGGUUCUUCUGCUCGGGGUCGCGUGACCCCUGCAUCUUCUGCGAUCGCUGUGGAAACAGCCAAUCUGCAGCAACCUGCCAAGAAGCGUGUCAGGGAGUGACAUGAGCUUUCUGCCUCCCGUUAAACCAGCUGACAACUGGUCAACACCUCUAACUCACCCGCCUUACCCUCCUCUGUCA